AUGUAUGUAACUAGGCCUUUGUCUAUGUACAGAAGAUGUCCAAGUACUCUAUCAAUACCACCACCAGAUGGUCCAUAUUCAGGUUAUCUUGUGAUCACAGAUGAGGAAGCAGAAGCAGAAGACAUGAGUUGUUGGCGUCUAUACAGGCGUAAGAAGGUUAAGAAGCUACCUUUCCCUCAGGACAAAAUCUUCUCUAUCACUCAUGCAUCAGAGUAUCAACAAACUUCAAACACCAAGGUCUGGUUUCUCCCUGUGCCUGAUCACCCUCUAUCCUCCAAUCGCUACUAUGUCAUCAGAGCCAAAGGCAGACACAAAGGGAAAGCAUACAAGUGCUCGAGAGAGGGGGACAUUGUCACAUGUUGCUUCACUGACAUGUUGAAUGACCAAAGGCCAAAGCCUUUCAAUCUGAAAGACUUGUACCAGAUUUUCAAGAUUCACAGUCACCAGAGUGGUGGUUUUUUUGCUAGGUCCAUUACUCCUGAUGGCAUUCCCCCCUCAUUCCUAAGGAAAAAAGGGUGGAGAAUGAGAAUCUCAGGCUCAUACAGGUCUUGCAGACUAAGUGAAGCUCUAGGAGUUGAUGCUCCUCUAAGGGAGAAGCUACCAGAUUUCAACUUCCCCAUCUCAAGAAAACGUUCACCUCCUUUGACUGUAGGAAAGUGGUACUGUCCAUUCAUAUUUGUGAGGGAUGGAACAAGAGUCAGACACCAAAUGAAGAAGUGCAUGUAUUAUAGCAUGACUCUUGAGCAAAGGUGGGAAGAGGUCUUCACUUGUCGCAGUGAAGAGAGUGAAGGGGAAGAUGGUGUUGUGGUUGUGGAUGUGUGUGUGGAGAGAGAGGUGGCUAUGGUUUCUGGCAUGGAAGCCACAAGGAUUAAUGGAAACACUGAUGCUGAUGGUUUCUUUUGGUUUAGAGCAUAUGAUCCUUACAGCAGGAGAAAAGCUAAUGUGGGUUUGAGCUCAGCGAUUGUUGAGCACAUGAGAUGGGUGCAGGAGGCUGGAGGAUGGGCCUAUGGUCAUGGAAGAGAGAAGGUGGUGAGAGUGAGGGAAGAGGCAAGAAACCAGAGUGAAUGGCUAAGGUUUGGAUGCUAUGUGUUGGUGGAAAGCUUUUGUUUGAGGACAAUGGAAGGGAAGUUGGUGUUGAGAUAUGACUUUAGGCACACACACAAGAUCAAAUGCAAGUGGGAGUAA